GGGUAGAGUGGUGUGUGAGCGCCUCCGGUGAGGGGGGGUGGACCGUUAAAAAGUUAUUUUGAAAGUGACCCCAACAGUCAGGAAUUGGACCGGGCAGCGGGUGCGCGCACACGCAGAGUCAGCUGUUCUGAGCGAUGCCGGAUACAGUUGUAGUGGAAGGACAAGUUAAAUUCAGAGAUGGGAAAAAGUGGAAGAGUCGUUGGGUCGUGUUGCGGAAGCCGUCCCCAGUCGCAGACUGCCUCUCUCUCCUGGUCUACCGGGAUAAGUCGGAUAAGGUCAGGGGUCGUCGUGAGCGGCUGCAGAUGACCUUGGAGGGGAUCUGUGGCGUGGAGCCGGGGUUUGGGUACGACGGGGUGGCCUACACCCUCACCAUCCUCUGUCUGGGACACACAGUGGGACUGGGCUUCGACAGCAGAGAGGGGUUGACGGCAUGGGACGCUAGGCUGAGAUACAGCCUGGGAGAAGGUAGGCUGGAGGGGGGGGGACGCUGA